CUACAGUGGUUGGAUGCUGCUGCUACUUCAAGGCCAAACCUUACGCCGGAUCGCACUACCUCCCCACCCUGCCCCUCUCUCUCUCACUACCUUUUUUUGCAGAAAGGCUGCGCAAAUAAUCGAUGGCGAGCACAGAGGAGCCGAUGGCUUUGAAACGAGAAGAAGAAGAAGAGGAUGAUUCGAAGCCAUCAGCUGAAGAUGAGGAUACCGGGGCUCAAGUAGCGCCGAUCGUCAAGCUCCAGGAAGUUUCCGUUACGACGGGCGAAGAAAACGAAGAUAUUUUACUCGACUUGAAAGCAAAGCUAUAUAGAUUUGAUAAGGAAGGAAAUCAAUGGAAGGAGAGGGGAGUUGGGACCGUGAAACUACUAAAGCACAAGGAAAGUGGCAAAGUUAGGCUUGUCAUGAGGCAGAACAAGACCCUUAAGAUCUGUGCCAACCAUCUUGUGCUGUGCACAAUGACGGUUCAAGAGCAUCAUGGGAAUGAGAAGUCCUGUGUCUGGCAUGCCGCUGAUUUUGCAGAUGGAGAGCUGAAGGAGGAAACGUUCUGCAUUCGUUUUGCCUCUGUGGAGAAUUGUAAAUCUUUCAAAGAUAAGAUCGAAGAGAUCACUGAACUCCUAUCAAAGGAUGGUGGAGAAAGCAAGGAAGGCAUUGCUGCUGCAGAUCUAAUUGAAAAGUUGAGUGUUGAAGGAAAAGAGAAUGACAAGAAAACAGAGGCCAAAGAAGCUUCUCCAGACUCCUCCGAAGAGAAAAAAGAAGACAAUGAGAAAGUGUAAGAACCUACUGAAAAGUAGGACUGUGAGUGUUCUUGGCUGUGUUUUACUCCAUUGUUUUGAGAAACAAGCACAUGUUUUCCAAAUUAACGGGGGAUGUUUUUGAGAAUUACGAGCAGUGUAUUCUGUUUGUUUGGUUUGUUUGAUGAUUUGGUGGUAGCAGUUUUCUGUCAAUACCCCAUGUUUGGAGUUCUAUUCACCUUGGCUUGAUCUAUUGACAUCGUCUUUGUUGUCA